GACCCGAGGCGGGCGGGGCGAGGCAGAGAAAUUCUUGUGUUGUCAUCUCGUCGAGUUGCGGAGCUCGACGGUGUGUGUGUACAGGGCGGAAUAGCCGACACACACAAUGCGACUCUAGCGGCGAUUGGGUUGCUUUUUAUCCGCUCCACAACCUACAGCGCGCCGGACAAAGAACGUUUGGGCGAGCCGCGCGGACCGAGGCACCGUACAUUUCAAGGCGGAGGCUAAAGCGGCUAACGCCUUAUUAGCUAUGGAGGAACGGAAGGAGGAGGGAGAAGCCGAGAUCCAGGGGCACGGCCCUGAGCACUGGUUCUCCAAGUGGGAACGACAGUGCCUGGCCGCGUCCGAGCAGAGCGAGCCGGGCGACGAGGAGACGGAGCAGAACCAACAGAAGCUGUGGCACCUCUUCCAGAACUCUGCCACCGCGGUGGCGCAGCUCUACAAAGACCGAGAAUGUCAGCAACAAGGCCUUUCUCUCUGGGUGCCCUUCCAGAACGCAGCCACCGCAGUCACCAACAUGUAUAAAGAGAGCAUGGAGGCCCGCCAGCGCAGCUACGACCUGGGGAUCCAGAUUGGCUACCAGCGUAGGAACAAGGACGUCAUAGCCUGGGUCAAGAAGCGCCGGAGAACCAUCCGGCGGGAGGACCUCAUCAGCUUCCUGUGCGGGAAGAUCCCUCCUCCGCGGACGGCCCGUGCCCCGACCCGAGGUGCCAUGGUAGCCGCCAGCCGGCCGCCGCCGCCCGAGACCGGCAGCUCUGUGGAGACCGACCUGCAGCCCUUCAGGGAGGCCAUAGCACUGCACGGCCUCAGCGGCGCCAUGGCCAGCAUCUCCGUCCGCUCCGGCCCGCCCGGCUCGCCCACCCACCCCGCGCAGUCCCUGGGCCGGCGCAGGAACGGCCUCCACGACGUGGACCUCAACACCUUCAUCGCCGAGGAGAUGGCGCUACACCUGGAUUCCACUGCCAACCGCAAGCGGGGCCCCGCCCCCUGCAGUGACGUCAUCACAGACUCGCCCACUCAUAAACGUAACCGGAUGCUCUGAGCUCCCCUUCCCGCCUCGCCCCCGCCCCCCGCCCCCGAGUGGCCCACUUGCUGGACAGCCGAUGAGAACUGACCCUUGGCCCCGCCACCAAAGCGCCAUCCUAGCUGCAUUGCUACGUGUAAUAAAAAGUGAAAUAUUACAACACACUUUUUCCUCUCCUCCUGUAUUUUGUUGCUCCACAGUUUCUACUUCCGCUUCGCUGUGAGCAAGCCUGGCCAUCUUUAAACCGCACUUUCAUUUCCUUUUACCGCCAUUUUCCUUUGAGAGCCCUCCAACGUUAUCCGGCGGCGUUCUGCGAUCAUCACGGGGGGCCUUUUUGCCUUUCCAGGCGGCCGCUGCAGUUACAUUACAUGGCGCCUCGUCCGCUUCCGGGUCUGACUUUGGGUUUUCGCUCAGAACCGCCGACGUCCACAGACCCAAGAUGCACUAUUUAUGUUUACUGUUCCAUGUUUACACGGAGGCUCCACUUCCAACAAAGCAUGCAAUGCUUCUUUCUUUUCUUUUUUUUAUUAGUCACUGCUUUGUGAUACGAUCUUUAUGUAAUGUGUGUAAAUAAACACGUAGGUGCUGUUACUAUAUGUGGUAAAUAUUGUAAAGAAAAAAACAACAAUUUAGUGCAAAUGAAUCAGGAUGUCCAUGUACAAUAACCAUUAUGACAAUAAAGGAACUACCAACUA